CCCCUACGUGCACACCAGAUCGCGGAGGACCCUGCCCGCCGAUAUUCUCCGCAAAGGUCGACAUGGUCAUGGGAUUCUAAUUUGUAUAAGUUCAACAAGCAUUAAUGUUAACUGAAGUAUUUACCACCAUGGAGAUUCAAGCUGAUUUUGAUGUUGAAGAUAUCAGAUCAAAGAAUGAACUGCAGGAGUUGUGGCCAGUUGGUGAGAUAGAUCCAAAGAGAGGGAGAUUCCCUUGUUGCAUUGUCUGGACUCCUCUUCCUGUAGUUUCAUGGCUUGCUCCCUACAUAGGGCAUGUUGGAAUCUGUCAGGAGGAUGGGUCUGUCCUGGAUUUUGCUGGAUCAAAUUUAGUGAGCAUGGAUAAUUUCGCAUAUGGUUCUGUUGCCAGAUACCUCCAGCUUGACAGAAAAAAGUCCUGCUUUCCUUCUAAUCUUGCGGCGCAUGUAUGUGAGUGUUCCUACAAGCACGCGGAAGUGGGAACAGCAACAUCAUGGGACGGCGCCCUACAACUUGGCACGAGACAUUUCCAGCACAAGUACUACAAUCUGUUCACAUGCAACUGCUACUCAUUUGUGGCAAACUGCCUGAACCGGCUUGCCCACGGUGGCUCGGUGGAGUGGAAUGUCUUGAACGUGGCCGCUCUUGUUUGGCUCCAUGGCGAAUGGGUGGACAAGAUGUCUAUUGUUCGGUCAUUCGCCCCUUUCGUAAUUGUGUCGUGCAUUGGCAUUUUAAUGGCUGGCUGGUCGUUCCUAAUAGGGAUAUCGGCAUUCUGUUCUCUUCUGAUAGGGUGGUUUGUCUUUGCUGUAUACUGCUCGAAAGGUUUGGUGUGCUGAGUAUAACAUUGCGACUGGAUCCGGUGAGAAGUUGUGGCAAUAACUCUGUAGGCCAUUCAUCCGUCCUCAUGAUUAUUCUUGUGGA